AUGAAGAAGAGCCGCAGUGUGCUGUCGGUGACAGGAGAGGAGGGUAAUGAUACGGAUACAAUAGGUGGUGGGGAAAAGGCGGAGACAUCGCGCUACAGCCAGUCGUACACAUCUGGGGCCACACUUGGGGUGGAGCUCCGCAGAGGGAGGAGCAGAAGACUGUCAUCUAGCCUCCAGGUACCCUGUUGGCUCCGCCCACGAGACCGCACACGUUCCCCGGAGGUUCUGAGCAACGUGUCCCGUCCAACAACUCUUCCCCUCCGCAUCCCCCCACGCAUCUCCAUCACACACGCUGACAGUUAUGAGGCAGAAAAUGGUGUGUCUCCAAGUCACACCCCUCUGGGCUUGCAGAGCCCAGGCCUUACCCUGAACACCUCCUUCUCCCAGAGUCAGAGACGGGAAUCCUUCCUUUACCGCUCCGACUCCGACUAUGACAUGUCACCCAAGACGGUCUCACGGAAUUCCUCCCUGGCCAGUGAGGGGCACACAGCAGAGGACUUUAUUGUCACACCUUUUGCACAGGUAUUGGCCAGUCUGAGAUCAGUACGGAGCAACUUCACCCUUCUCGCCAACAUUUCCACGCCAGCAGUAAAGAGGUCUCCCCUGGGCGGAGUGUCUCCGAGUCCUCGGGCAUCUCUGUCAGAGCAGCAGUACCAGCAGCUAGCCUUAGACACACUGGAAGAGCUUGACUGGUGCCUGGACCAACUGGAAACCAUUCAAACACAUCGCUCCGUCAGUGACAUGGCCUCUAACAAGUUCAAGAGGAUGCUGAACAGGGAGCUGUCCCACCUGUCAGAGAUGAGUCGCUCCGGUAACCAGGUUUCAGAGUAUAUCUCCAGCACUUUCCUGGACAAACAGAACGAAGUGGAGAUCCCAUCUCCCACUCUGAAGGACAAGUCUAUGAGUCACAUCAGUGGUGUGAGGAAACUGUCUCACAGCUCCAGCCUCUCCAGCAGCUCUGUGCCUCGCUUCGGGGUCAACACUGACCAAGAAGAUGAGCUAGCCAAGGAGUUGGAGGAUCUGGAGAAGUGGAGUUUUAACAUCUUCAGAGUAUCAGAGUUGUCCAACAACAGGCCUCUCAGCUGCAUGAUGUAUGCAAUAUUCCAGGAGCGAGACCUGCUGAAGACAUUCCGCAUCCCAGUGGACACCUUUGUGACCUAUGUGAUGACCUUGGAGGACCAUUAUCAUGGAAACGUAGCAUAUCACAACAGCUUACAUGCUGCAGAUGUCACCCAGUCUGUACAUGUCCUCCUUUCCACUCCUGCCCUGGAUGCUGUGUUCACUGAUCUGGAGAUCCUUGCUGCUCUGUUUGCUGCAGCUAUCCAUGAUGUCGACCACCCUGGGGUGUCCAACCAGUUCCUCAUCAACACAAACUCCGAGUUGGCCCUGAUGUACAAUGAUGAGUCAGUCCUGGAGAACCACCAUUUGGCAGUGGGCUUCAAACUUCUGCACCAGGACAACUGUGACAUUUUUCAGAACCUCGCCAAACGACAGCGCCAGAGCCUUCGCAAGCUUGUCAUCGACAUGGUGUUAGCCACAGACAUGUCUAAACAUAUGACCCUGAUGGCUGAUUUGAAGACAAUGGUGGAAACCAAAAAGGUGACGAGCUCUGGUGUGCUGCUCUUGGACCAUUACACAGAACGCAUACAGGUACUUAGGAACAUGGUGCACUGUGCAGACCUAAGCAAUCCCACCAAGCCUCUGCCAGUAUACAGACAAUGGACAGAGAGGAUCAUGGAGGAAUUCUUCAGACAAGGAGAUAAAGAGCGGGAACGAGGCAUGGAAAUCAGUGCCAUGUGCGACAAACACACAGCAUCUGUGGAGAAAAGUCAGGUUGGUUUCAUUGACUAUAUCGUCCACCCAUUGUGGGAGACAUGGGCUGACUUAGUGCAUCCAGAUGCCCAGGAGCUACUGGACACUCUGGAGGAGAAUAGGGAGUGGUAUCAGAGCACCAUGCCCCAGUCCCCAUCACCACCCCCGGACAGACACCUCCAACACGACCGCUUCCAGUUUGAGCUCACCCUGGAGGACCUAGAACAUAACAACCACAAUCACAUGGACUUCGGAAACAACGUAGAUGAUAGCAGCGUCUACAGCCAGAAUGAUAACUUUGAGGAUGGUGCUGGGAACAAAACACAGAGGAGGAUCUGUGCAAGGGGGGCGCACCAUGGAGAACUAAAUGGCGAGGAAGAGAAUGAAGUUGCGAAGGAAGAUGAAGAAAAUCACAAUAGUGAACACAACGGCAUCAGCGAUGUAGAGGAGAUAUGUGGCUGCGAGAGGGAUAGAGAUUUGGUGGGAGAAGAAGAGGUGCACCGGGCAGGUGAAAAGGAAGAAGAACAGAAUGCAGUAGAUGAAAAAGAUGGAGACAACCUGAUAGAGGAUAAGAAAGAGGGAGGGAGUGAUGCAGAGGAGGUAGAAAGGGAGGAUUGUGAGACAGAACAAGAAGAGGAGAUUACUGAAGUGAUGAAGUCAGAGGAGGAAAUGAAUGAGGAAAAACAGGAAGAGGAGGGAGAGGAGGAGCAUGGGGACAAAGAAGGAGAAAUUGAGGAAAAUGCUGAAAACGGGAAUGGAGAAGUAGAGGAGCAUGGGGAUGAAGAGGAAGGACAGAAGAAGGAUGAGGAAAAUGAGGAAGGAAAAGAGGAGCAGAGAGAAGAAAUGGAGGAGGCAGAGGAGAAGGAGGAAGCAGAGGAGGGGCAGAGAGAAGAAACAGACGAGGAAGCAGGGGAGAAGGAGGAAGCGGAAGAGAAGGAAGAGAAGGAGGAAGCAGAGGAGGAGGAGGAAGCAGAAGAGAAGGAGGAGAAGGAGGAAGCAGAGGAGGAGCAGAGAGAUGAAAUGGAGGAGACAGAGGAGGAUGGCGAGAAGGAGGAAGGAGAGGAAGAGGAGGAAGUAUCAGUUAUGGAGCAAGAGGGGCAGUUAGAUGGGGAAAAUGAGGAUCUAACAAAGGAGGAGAUAGAGGACGGAGAAGAAGAGGAAAAAGAGGAGGAAGAGAAUUAG